AUGCCUUUGCGAUAUGCGGCACCCGGUGGGCAGCCAGAAGCUCACAGCCACGACGUCGGCUUUGGUGACGACCUCGAAAUGGUCAACCACCCGGCCUCCACCAGCAGAGUCUCUGCAGACAUUGGGCCAAUCCGCGAGAAGCUCACAGCUAUAGCGGAUGUCAAUGCUAGUGAGGAGUUUCUCGAAGAACACGAUGAGGUAGCACGAACGAGCAAAUCGACAUCCGGAGACGCUGCAGACAUGAAGCGAAUGGGCAAGCAACAACAGCUCGUUCGCCAUUUUCGGCUGGUGUCGACCAUGUCCUUCGUGGCGAUUUCGACUGCAGCAUGGGAGGUCGGACUCUUCGUGAUUACACCGGCGUUGACUGAUGGCGAUGGCCAGUAUGGCGCCUAUCGCCGGUGCGCAGUACCACUGGGCAAGCAUCGAUCAUCUUUCCACACUACCUUCCCUGACCGAAAGCAGGUAUCUGAAUUCGCUCCUGAGUCAUUCCAGCGCAUCCUCAGCUACAUAUCUGGCUGGACCUCUACAAUCGCCUGGCAAGCUGGAAACGCCCAAGGCAUGUUCCUAGUCGGUAGUCUGAUCCAAACAAUGAUCCUCAUCAACGAUGAGAACUAUGGCUUCCCCAACUACCAAGGCACACUCUUGGCGUUCAUGGCCGUCGGGAUCGCGUACUGCGGUGUGGUCUACGGCGCGAAGAUACUACCGUACUGGCAGAAUGCCGUGUUCAUGGUCCACGUGCUGGCGUAUCUUGGCUACAUCAUACCCGUGUGGGUUAGUGCUCCGGCUGUGUCACAUCGAGAGGUUUGGUUAACUUUCGAGAACUCUGGUGGCUGGAGUAAUAUGGGUCUUGCGGUGCUCGUUGGGCAGUUGGCUGGUAUCAGUACGCAAUGUGGUGGCAUUGAUUGCGCCGCUCAUAUGUGA